GUACGGACGAACAAUUCGGAGUUGAGAAGGAAAUCGCCGUUGGAUCUGGUUUUGUGGGCAUCCACGAACUAUCACCAAAAAUUUCGCCUUUAAAAAAAAAAAAAAGGAAAGCUUUACAGAUAGAUGAUUAGCCUUGAAUUUCGAUCUCAAGGAAUUAGUUUCGUUUCAGCGUGAAUUGCCCAGAAAUCUCCUCCACCGCGAUCCAAAAUCAUGAGGAAGAAGCUCGAUACUCGUUUCCCUGCUGCUCGCAUCAAAAAAAUAAUGCAAGCUGACGAGGAUGUUGGCAAAAUAGCCUUGGCGGUUCCUGUCUUAGUUUCAAAAGCUUUGGAAUUAUUCUUACAAGAUCUUUGUGAUCAUACAUACGAAAUUACCCUUCAAAGAGGUGCCAAGACCGUGAGCUCGUUGCACCUGAAAAAUUGUGUUGAAAGAUACAACGUGUUUGAUUUUCUGAGGGAAGUUGUUGGCAAGGUGCCUGACUAUGGCCAUGGGCAUGGUCACGGUCAUGGCCAGGCUGAUGUAACCAUGGACGAUCGCAGUAUCUCCAAGAGAAGGAAGCCUACGGGUGAUGAAGUUAAUGACAGCGAUGAGGAACUAAAAAAAACCAAAGUGCAGGAAAUGGGGCAAGCGGGACCUAGUGGAAGGGGUAGAGGCAGAGGACGUGGAAGGGGACGUGGACGAAGUGCAAAAACAGUGGAAAGAGAGCUUCUUCAUCGAGAGAUGGAAACAGAGCCAACCAUAUCGUUAGCACCACCACUUACUCAAGACGGUAUCACUAUGCCUGCACCACCACCACAACUGCCACCGCAAGACAUGGAGAAGAAGGAUGUAGAUGACAUGUCUAACCACCCAAAGCAAGAAUUGCUAAAAGAAGGUAACGACACAAACUCAGGGCUGGGUCGGGAUUUCGAUCUUAACACACAAUCGCUGGACAUCGAGACAAAGCCGCCAGUAACAACUGCCUCGAGAGAAAUGAAACCAGAGGAAUAUCCGGGUUGGUCCAUCUCGGAUAUUGGCAGUAUUGAUCCGAUCCAGCUUGCUAGUAUGGGUAAGAGGUUAGACGAAGACGACGAAGAUUAUGACGAGGAGGAAAGCUGAUGCUUAGACAUGAAAUAGGAUUUGAUAGAGUAGCAGCAUUAACAGUCUGUUUAUGUAGAAAGUGUAUCAUUUGGCUAUUGCUUUCUUUUCCUGCAUUUGUUGUAUGGAGAAAAUAUUGUAGGUCCUCUUAAAGGUUAAUUAUUAUUUGCAAAA